CAAAUGGCAAAAAUCGUGACACAAAGAAGCACAAAUUUUCCGUUUUUGUACUAGUUUUUCGUUAAUUCUUUUAAAAAUUGGACGUAUUAAACCCGACUGUGUAAAAUUGAGCCAAUACCACCAACUUUUUUCUAGUGUUUUUGCGGGAUUGUGUUGGCAGCCUGACGAAAUAAAUCCAAAAAGGAAGCAUCAUAACAAACAAAUGGGACAAAUUCUGUGUUUUUGUGCCAGUUUUUCGUUAAUAAUUUGCAAAUUUGAAUGUGUGACUGAAAUUUAGUUAUUUUUGUAGAGUGAUCCCACAAUGUGAAUUCCCGGGACACCUCGGCCAAAGCUUAAGCAUUUCCAAGCUAGAGACUGAAAAGAAUUCAUUGCAUUUUAAUGUUGUUAAUUUAAAAAAACACAAUUUUGAAUUUGACACUUUUAAAACUCCCAACUUUUUUCUAGUAAUUUCGCGGGGUUGUGUUGGCACCCUGACGAAAUGCGACAAAUGGCGGCAUAACCUCAAAAAAAUAGUAACCCAAAAAAGCAUCAUAAACAAUAAUUGAGCCAAGUUUUGUGUCUUUGUGCUAGUUUUUCGUUAAUUAUUCUUAAAACUGCAAGUAUUGAACUUAAGUGUGAGUGAAUUUGGGUUAGAUUUGGUGGCGGGCCCCCCAAAAUGGAUUUCUUGGAAUAUUCGGACAUCUCGGCCGAAGUCAAAGGCUGCAUGACCGGCGGGAAGCUCAAAAUGACCGACCAAAACAUCAUUUUCAAGAACUCAAAAACGGGCAAAGUGGAGUCAAUCCCCGCGUCCGAUUUUGAAGCCGUCAACUUCCAGAACUUCGCCGGGUCUUUGGGCCUCCGCCUCUUCCUCAAAAACGGCUCCUUGCACCGUUUCAUCGGCUUCAAGGACUCCGAAAAGGAAAAAAUCGCGAAAUUCUUCUCCACGACCUACAAAAUCGACAUGUUGGAGAAGGAAUUGAGUCUCAAGGGGUGGAAUUGGGGCACGGCCAAGUUCAACGGCUCGGUGUUGAGCUUCGAAGUGGGGCACAACAGCGCCUUUGAAAUCCCCCUCAACCACGUCUCGCAAUGCACGGCGGGGAAGAACGAAAUCACGAUGGAGUUCCACCAGAACGACGACGCCCCCGUGAGUCUCAUGGAAAUGCGCUUUUUCAUCCCCUCGAAUGAGCUCGCCGGGGAUGUGGACCCCGUGGAGGCCUUCCAGAAGCAAGUCAUGAAAAAAGCCUCCGUUAUUAGUGUCUCAGGGGACGCUAUUGCCAUUUUUAGGGAAAUUCAAUGUCUCACCCCACGUGGCCGCUACGAUAUUAAAAUCUUCCAGACUUUUUUCCAAUUACAUGGGAAAACUUUCGAUUAUAAAAUCCCCAUGUCGACUGUCUUGCGUCUAUUUCUUCUCCCCCAUAAAGACAACAGACAGAUGUUUUUCGUCGUGAGUCUUGACCCCCCCAUAAAACAGGGCCAAACACGUUACCACUUUUUAGUCUUGUUGUUUGGACAAGAAGAGGAGACUUCAAUCGAGUUACCAUUCACUGAUGAGGAGCUUAAAGACAAGUAUGAGGGCAAGUUGGAUAAGGAAUUGUCGGGCCCCACGUAUGAGGUAUUGGGUAAAGUCAUGAAAGUGAUAAUUAAUCGGAAAUUGACCGGUCCUGGGGGCUUCGUGGGGCAUUCGGGUACCCCAGCUAUCGGUUGUUCGUUCAAGGCAGCCGCCGGGUACUUGUACCCCCUUGAACGCGGUUUCAUGUACGUCCAUAAGCCCCCCAUUCAUAUCCGGUUCGAGGAGGUUGCCUCGGUGAAUUUCGCCCGUGGGGGGGGAAGCACCCGGUCUUUUGAUUUCGAAAUUCAUCUCAAAUCGGGGACUGUGCACACAUUUAGUAGCAUUGAAAAGGAGGAAUACAACAAACUUUUCGAUUUUAUUACAACGAAAAAAUUGAAUAUUAAAAAUCGGGGUAAGAAUGAUAAAGGGGGCACUUAUGACGAUUUCGGGGACUCGGACAAUGAAGCAGCCCCCGAUGCGUACUUGGAGAGGGUGAAGGCCGAGGCGCAGGAACGCGAUGAGGAUGAUGAUGAUGGUCCUAGUGAAGAUGAGAGUACUGAUGAAGAUUUUAAGCCCCCUCAGGAUGAGAGUGACGUUGCAGAGGAGUUUGACUCAAGUCCGAGUUCCACGUCUGAGGAGGACGAAGAAAAGGGCUCCGGUGAUGACCACAAGAAGAAGCACAAGAAGGAAAAGGAGAAGAAAGAGAAGAAGAAGACUAAAACUGUCUCGGAGAAACCGCGUCAAAAACGCGCGAAAAAAUCCAAAUCAAAGGAUGAAAAUAGGCCCAAAAGGCCGAGCACCGCUUUCAUGUUAUGGUUGAAUGAGAUGAGGGAUAAAAUCAAGGCGGAUAAUCCCGGGAUUAAGAUUACCGAAAUUGCGAAGAAAGGGGGCGAGAUGUGGAAGGAGUUAAAAGACAAGUCUGAGUGGGAGGGUAAAGCGGCGAAGGCCAAGGAGGAGUACAACAAGGCGAUGAAGGAGUAUGAGGCGUCGGGGGGCGCCAAAUCCGAGGAGAAAAAGUCCAGUGAGAAGAAAGCCCCCACGAAGAAGAAAACUACGUCGAUGCCGUCGGUUAAGCCGAGUCAAGUCAAAAGCAAGGAAUUUAUCGAGGAUGAUGAUUCGAGUAGUGAUAGCGAUGAUGAUAAAGGCAAGAAACGGAAAGGGUCUGAUACCGAACGUGACAAACCCAAAGACAAGAAAAAGAAGAGUAAAUCUGAGAGCGAGGAGAGUACACCGGCGUCAAGUGAUGCCAAUUCCGAUAGCGAUUAAGUUUUUGUUUAAUUAAAACAAGUUUUUUAUUCGA